CGCGGCCCGCGGCAGGGGGGGAGGCGACAGCGACGGUCACUGUGCCGAGAAGGAGGAGAGAAGAUGGCGUCGGAGCUGGAGCCUGAGGUGCAGGCCACCGAGCGCACUUUGCUGGAAUGUUCUGCCGAGGAGACGGCGGCGAAAUGGCUACAAGCAACUGACCUCACGAAAGAAGUAUACCAGCAUUUAGCCCACUAUGUACCUAAAAUCUACUGCAGGGGUCCCAACCCUUUUCCACAGAAAGAAGAUAUGUUGGCGCAGCAUGUUCUAUUGGGACCAAUGGAAUGGUACCUUUGUGGUGAAGAUCCUGCUCUGGGAUUUCCAAAGCUUGAACAAGCAAACAAACCUUCUCAUCUUUGUGGCCGUGUAUUUAAAGUGGGAGAACCUACAUAUUCUUGCAGAGACUGUGCAGUUGAUCCAACUUGUGUUUUAUGCAUGGAGUGCUUUUUGGGAAGUAUUCACAAAGACCAUCGAUAUAGGAUGACCACAUCAGGAGGUGGAGGGUUCUGUGACUGUGGGGAUACUGAGGCUUGGAAAGAGGGGCCAUUCUGUCAGAAACAUGAACUCAACAGCGCUGGGAUGGAGGUAGAAGAGGAUCCUCUAGUGCAUUUAUCAGAAGAUGUGAUAGCAAGAGCUUACAACAUCUUUGCUAUUAUAUUUCAAUAUGCAGUGGAGAUAUUAACCUGGGAAAAAGAAAGUGAAUUGCCUGCAGAUUUAGAGAUGAUAGAGAAAAGUGACACCUACUACUGCAUGCUGUUCAAUGACGAGGUUCACACCUAUGAGCAGGUUAUUUAUACUCUUCAGAAAGCUGUUAACUGCACACAGAAGGAAGCCAUUGGUUUUGCAACUACAGUCGAUCGAGACGGUCGUAGGUCUGUUCGAUAUGGAGACUUCCAGUAUUGUGACCAAGCAAAAUCAGUAAUUGUGAGAAAUACCAGUAGACAGACAAAGCCACUCAAAGUUCAAGUUAUGCAUUCGUCUAUUGUUGCACAUCAGAAUUUUGGUUUGAAACUUUUGUCUUGGCUGGGGAGUAUUAUUGGAUAUUCAGAUGGCCUCCGCCGGAUUUUGUGUCAAGUUGGAUUACAAGAAGGGCCAGAUGGUGAAAAUUCUUCUCUGGUGGACAGAUUGAUGCGCACUGACUCCAAACUGUGGAAAGGGGCGAGGAGUGUGUAUCACCAGCUAUUCAUGAGCAGCCUCCUUAUGGAUUUGAAAUACAAGAAACUGUUUGCUGUUCGAUUUGCAAAAAAUUACCAGCAGUUGCAGAGAGAUUUUAUGGAAGAUGAUCACGAGCGAGCAGUGUCGGUGACUGCUCUGUCUGUCCAGUUCUUCACUGCACCUACUCUGGCUCGAAUGCUCAUCACAGAAGAAAACCUGAUGACCACUAUCAUUAAGACAUUCAUGGACCAUCUGAAGCAGCGAGAUGCCCAAGGCAGAUUCCAAUUUGAACGCUAUACUGCUUUACAGGCUUUCAAGUUUAGGAGAGUUCAGAGCCUUAUUUUAGAUCUCAAGUAUGUGUUGAUUAGCAAACCAACUGAAUGGUCAGACGAGCUGAGACAGAAGUUCUUAGAAGGCUUUGAUGCCUUUUUGGAAUUACUGAAAUGCAUGCAGGGAAUGGAUCCCAUUACACGUCAAGUAGGACAACAUAUCGAGAUGGAGCCGGAAUGGGAAGCAGCCUUCACACUGCAGAUGAAAUUAACACACGUCAUUUCAAUGAUGCAGGACUGGUGCGCUCUGGAUGAAAAAGUGUUAAUUGAAGCUUACAAGAAAUGCCUCGCUGUGUUGACGCAGUGUCAUGGUGGCUUUACUGAUGGUGAACAACCAGUUACACUGAGUAUUUGUGGACAUUCAGUGGAAACUAUCAGAUACUGUGUUUCCCAAGAAAAAGUUAGCAUUCACCUCCCAAUUUCUCGCUUACUUGCAGGUUUGCAUGUGUUAUUAAGCAAAAGUGAAGUGGCAUAUAAAUUUCCAGAACUCCUACCUCUAAGUGAACUCAGCCCACCCAUGUUGAUAGAGCACCCUCUUAGAUGUCUUGUUUUAUGUGCCCAAGUACAUGCUGGGAUGUGGAGAAGAAAUGGGUUCUCUCUGGUAAACCAGAUUUAUUACUACCACAAUGUGAAAUGCAGACGUGAGAUGUUUGACAAGGAUAUAGUAAUGCUUCAGACAGGUGUCUCCAUGAUGGACCCAAAUCACUUCCUGAUGAUCAUGCUCAGCCGCUUUGAACUUUAUCAGAUUUUCAGUUCACCAGACUAUGGGAAAAGACUGAGUGCUGAGAUCACCCAUAAGGAUGUUGUUCAGCAGAACAACACGCUAAUCGAAGAGAUGCUCUACCUCAUCAUCAUGCUCGUCGGAGAAAGAUACAGUCCUGGAGUUGGGCAGGUCAGUGCUAUGGAUGAAAUUAAACGAGAGAUCAUCCAUCAAUUGAGCAUCAAGCCCAUGGCUCAUAGCGAGUUGGUCAAGUCUUUACCUGAAGACGAGAACAAGGAGACUGGCAUGGAGAGUGUAAUUGAAGCAGUUGCCCAUUUCAGGAAACCUGGAUUAACAGGACGAGGCAUGUAUGAGCUAAAACCAGAAUGUGCCAAAGAGUUCAACUUGUAUUUCUAUCACUUCUCAAGGGCAGAGCAGUCCAAGGCAGAAGAAGCUCAGCGGAAAUUGAAAAGACAACAUAGGGAAGACUCAGCCCUUCCACCUCCAGUUUUGCCUCCAUUCUGCCCUUUGUUUGCAAGUCUGGUUAACAUUUUGCAGUCAGAUGUGAUGUUAUACAUCAUGGGGACAAUACUGCGGUGGGCUGUAGAGCGUCACGGAUAUGCCUGGUCAGAGUCUAUGCUGCAAAGGGUGUUGCAUCUGAUUGGGAUGGCCCUGCAGGAAGAAAAGCAGCAUCUAGAGAAUGCUGUGGAAGAGCACGUCCUGACAUUCACCUUCACCCAGAAGAUAUCAAAACCUGGGGAAGCGCCAAACAACUCUCCGAGCAUACUAGCUAUGCUGGAGACGCUACAGAAUGCACCCUCCCUGGAGGUCCACAAAGAUAUGAUUAGAUGGAUAUUAAAGACUUUCAAUACGAUUAAGAAGUUAAGAGAGAGUUCGUCCACCAGUCCUGUGGUAGAGACAGAAGGAACCAUAAUGGAAGAGAGUACAAGAGAUAAAGACAAAGCUGAAAGGAAGAGAAAGGCCGAGAUUGCCAGGCUGCGCAGGGAAAAGAUCAUGGCCCAGAUGUCUGAGAUGCAGCGGCACUUCAUUGACGAGAACAGAGAGCUCUUUCAGCAGACAUUAGAACUGGAUGCCUCAGCCUCCGCAGUUUUGGACAGUAGCCCCAUGGUUUCAGACACAGCACUUACAGCUUUGGGCCCAGCACAAACUCAGGUCCCUGAACAAAGACAAUUUGUUACUUGCAUCUUGUGUCAAGAGGAGCAAGAAGUGACUGAGGAAAGCAGAGCAAUGGUGUUGGCAGCAUUUAUUCAAAGGUCAACUGUUCUUUCCAAAAACAGAACUAAAUUCAUUCAGGAUCCAGAAAAAUAUGAUCCAUUAUUCAUGCACCCUGAUCUGUCCUGCGGAACACACACUGGUAGCUGUGGGCAUGUUAUGCAUGCCCACUGUUGGCAAAGGUAUUUCGAUUCCGUUCAAGCUAAAGAACAGAGAAGGCAGCAGCGACUGCGCUUUCAUACGAGCUAUGAUGUGGAGAGUGGGGAGUUCCUCUGCCCGCUGUGUGAAUGUCUGAGCAAUACUGUGAUUCCUCUGCUGCUUCCGCCAAGAAGUAUUUUUAACAGGAGGUUAAUUUUUUCAGACCAACCAAGUCUGGCUCAGUGGAUUAGAACAAUAUCUCAGCAAAUAAAAGCGUUGCUGGUUCUAAGGAAAGAAGAAAGUUCUUCCAAUGCUGCCACUUCAAAGAAUUCAGAAAAUAGGAAUGAAUUGGAGCUUCCUGAAGGAUUCAAGCCUAAUUUUCAUCCUAAGAAUCCCUAUUCAGACAGCAUAAAAGAAAUGCUAACAACAUUUGGAACUGCUACCUAUAAGGUGGGACUAAAAGUUCAUCCCAAUGAGGAGGAUCCCCGUGUGCCCAUUAUGUGUUGGGGGAGCUGUGCAUACACCAUCCAGAGCAUAGAAAGAAUUUUGAGUGAUGAAGAUAAGCCAUUGUUUGGUCCUUUGCCUUGCAGACUGGAUGACUGUCUUAGGUCACUAACCAGAUUUGCAGCAGCACAUUGGACCGUGGCCUCGCUCCCAGUGGUGCAGGGACACUUUUGUAAACUUUUUGCAGCAUUGGUGCCUAACGACAGCUAUGAAGACCUCCCGUGCAUAUUAGAUAUCGACAUGUUUCAUUUACUGGUGGGCUUGGUGCUCGCUCUCCCUGCCCUGCAGUGUCAAGAUUUUUCAGGGAUCAGCCUUAGCACUGGAGACCUCCACAUUUUCCACCUGGUUACUAUGGCACACAUCGUACAAAUCUUAUUUACCUCACGUCCAGAAGAGAAUGGCAUGGAUCAAGGAAAUCCCACUAGUGAAGAAGAGUCAGCAGUUCUCUCCUUGUACAGAAUGCUUCAGCAGUAUACUGGAAGUGCCUUGAAAGCGACAGCGUCUGGCUGGCAUCUGUGGAGGAGCGUCAAGGCUGGGAUCAUGCCUUUCCUCAAAUGUUCCGCUUUGUUCUUCCAUUAUCUAAACGGAGUUCCAUCCCCGCCAGACCUUCAAGUUCCUGGAACAAGCCAUUUUGAACAUUUAUGUAACUAUCUUUCCCUACCAACCAACCUCUUUGGCCUUUUUCAAGAAAAUCGUGAGAUAAUGAAUUCACUGAUUGAAAGUUGGUGUCAUGACAGUGAAGUGAAACGGUACCUGAGAGGGGAAAGAGAUGCGAUAAGCUAUCCAAGAGGAGCUAACAAGUUAAUAGACCUUCCAGAAGAUUACAGCAGCCUCAUUAAUCAAGCAUCCAAUUUCUCGUGCCCCAAGUCAGGUGGUGAUAAGAGCAGAGCCCCAACUCUGUGCCUUGUGUGUGGAAGUCUACUGUGCUCUCAGAGCUACUGCUGCCAGACCGAGCUGGAAGGGGAGGACGUCGGGGCCUGCACGGCCCACACCUACUCCUGCGGCUCUGGGGCCGGCAUCUUCCUGAGAGUGCGGGAGUGUCAGGUGCUGUUUUUAGCCGGCAAAACUAAAGGCUGUUUCUAUUCUCCUCCUUACCUUGAUGACUACGGAGAGACUGACCAGGGACUCAGGCGGGGGAACCCCCUGCACCUGUGCAGAGAGCGGUUCAAGAAGAUCCAGAAGCUCUGGCAGCAGCACAGCGUCACGGAAGAAAUCGGGCAUGCGCAAGAAGCCAACCAGACGUUGGUCGGCAUUGACUGGCAGCAUUUAUAACCACUCAGCUACCAGCAUCAUGAACUUAGAGUUUUGUAAUCCAGUUGGCUUUUCCAGAAAGCCAAUAGGAAAGAAGUUCGGCAGAAUUUGUUCUGAAAUAAACUGUUUAUUUAAGUUUUUCCCGUUUUAUUUUUAUAGCUCUGGCUCCAGGACUGAUGAAAAUCAUUUUCCAUCAGCAGAUUUUCUCGUACCAUUCUGUAUCCCUCACAUGUCAUCUGGGCUCAAGAUCCAGGGAGGGGCUUCCCUUGCUGGACUGGAGCUUAGCCCCUCCUGGGAUCUGCCAGCAUUGACUGCCAGCAGCCUGCGCCAUUUCACAGCGCUGGUUCCAGUGACCUUGGGGCUGGCGCUGAUUCCGCGAGGCAGGAAGCAAGGCCGUGGCCGGCAGGAACGCUCUUGUUCUUCCUGCUCCUCAGUGCUUUGGCACUGAGGCUGGCGGCAGCUCACCUCCGCUGCCCGCACACUACCUCUUAGAGCAGAGCCACUGAAGACUGGAGCCCCUCUGCCCACGCACGGAGAGGCAGGAAGGAGCGCCUAGGGAGGAGCUGGCUGGCUUCACACUGCUCUAGAGGGUUGACUUUUGUUAUUUGUUCUAUUUUUGUCAAGUCAUUGGGCUUUGAGAGAGAGAGAAACUCACUUAAAAGGGCUUUUUGAAAACUUAAUGGAUCUCCUGAUUUUUAAGACAGUGACAUCACUGAUUUUCCUGAGGCUAAACAAGUAUAUGUGCUGCUCCUGGAUCUAGCAAACAUCCUGAGAACUCCGCUGUGCAUGGUGAUGCACACCUGUAAGCCUGCACUUUGAGAGGCUGAGGCAGGAGGAUCAGGAGUCCUGGCCAGCUUUGUAUGUAUGACAAGUUAAACUUGGGCAACAUGACUCCACGACUCAAACACAUGAAAGUGAGAGCCCAUCGGGUUCAGCGUCGCCUGGGCUCGGUUUUCUGCUGCUCACUGAGCACAUUCCUCGGACGCCUGCGUGCCAGGCUUUUCUAGACGGGUUCUCACUGAGAGGUGCCUUCCCAGAGCAAUGGCUCGAGGCCCUGACAGCUGCACAGCCGCUCUCAAGUUUGCUAGGCUGUGCCGAGAGCUUGGAUACGUGUAGAGUGAGAGCAGAUUCAGGAGAGGGAGGACUCCUGCCUGCGUUUCUAAAGGGGGCUGAGAGCAAAUGAUCGGUGGGCUCUUGCAGUUUCUGAUCACUGCCACUGACCCAUUUACUCAGCUGUCUUGUUUGUGUGUACAAAGUCUCUCCACUCAGUUGCACGCUCUCCAGCCCCCCAGGAGGAGGGUCAGAAAUCCAGAGCAGAGGCUGCCAGUGGUGGUGCGCAAGCCGCAGCGCUCCGGAAUCCUAUGUGCAGGAGCCGCAGCCUCCUGGAAGGACAAACCUAACCUUUCUCGGGACAGUUCAUGCAGCCAAGAGGAUGUCCCACAGGGAGGAGGCCCAAGUUAGAAUGCACCAGGCUCUCCUUUCUCCUGUCCUUUCUCUUGCAUCUAACUGUUGAGGCUCUGGACAACAUCACCAAUGUUUAUUUCGGCUUUGACACAUGAAGCCUUGGGUUUUUUUUGGGGGGGGGUUGGUUUUUUGAGGGAGGGUCUGUCUUCAGCCCAGGCUGACCUGGAAUUCACUGUGUAGUCUCAGGCUGGCCUUGAACUCACGGCGAUCCUCCUACCUCUGCCUCCCGAGUGCUGGGAUUAAAGGCGUGCGCCACCACACCCAGCUGACACAUGCAGUUUCUUCAGUUUUUAAGUUGAGCUUUUUGUGGGUGCUUUUCCCUCUGUGUUCACAAUGCAUAAAUUUAAAAUCAUGAGAGCAGGGCUGGGGGCUCAGCAGAACACUUGCCGAACACGCAUCAAGCCCUGGGUUCUGUCAGCGGUACUACACACAGCACACAUCAUGAAAAACCAGGGCAUGCUGAUCUGUGCCUGUGACCCCAGCACCUAGGAGGUGGAGGCAGGAGGGUCACAAAUUCAAAGUCCUCCUCAGCUACAUAGUUGAUGCCAGCCCAGGCUACAAGUGACCCUGUCUCCAAAAAGAAAUCAAAAUCAUGAGCAGACUUCUCCCUCUUCAGUGGAUUAUGAACUUGGUCACCGAUCAUGGCAAUACUUCAGCUUUGCUUUCAGGCCUGACUGGAGUUAGCAGGGGUGACCCUGUCUUCAGUCGUCUUCCUAAGAAUGUCAGAAUCUGGGAGAUCAAUUUACAUGCACCUACCGCCCUCUCCACUUCCUGAGGGAAGGUGGUCUUCCCUACCUAACAAAGCAUCUUACCUUCAUGAGUACCUGUUUUGCAUGUUCUCUGUUCAUUGUAGAAAUGUUUAUAUAAGACAUAUGCUUCCCGUAUCAGGGAAAGUCACAUGUUUAAUAAAUUAGCUAUAACUUUAAUAUCUGUGGACACCUUGUAAAAUUUGGAAUGUAUCAUAUGUAAAAAGUUUAAAAGAUAUCCAAAUAAAUGCUGUAGGUGUUGAUGUUC